AUGUCGAAUCGCAAUCAGAUCGAUUCAGUCAUCGAUGAUGACGAAGAAACUUGUCCACUCUGUAUCGAAGAGUUCGAUCUGUCAGACAAAAAUUUCAGGCCCUGCCCUUGCGGAUACCAGAUCUGCCAGUUUUGCUACAACAAUAUCAAAACUCACAACGAGGAAGGUCGAUGUCCGAACUGUAGACGGGUCUACGACGAAAGUACUAUUCAGUACAAGGUACCUGAUGCAGAUGAGUUCAAAGCAGAUCUGGCGUUGAAGCACCGAAAGGCGGCAGCCGCAAAGAAGAAAGAAGUUGAAAAGCGGGAAAUCGAAGCCUCCAGUCGAAAGAAUCUGGAUGGAGUGCGAGUCGUGCAGAAAAACCUAGUCUACGUGAUUGGUUUGAAUCCUACGAUACGCGAUGAAGGCCAGCUUUUGCAGACGCUGCGGGGCCCAGAUUACUUUGGCCAAUAUGGUGAGAUAGACAAGAUUGUUGUCAGCAAAGCAAAGCCGGGUGGCAACCCGAACCAAGGUAUCGGCGUCUACGUGACAUUCGCUCGCAAGAUCGAUGCAGCUACCUGUAUUGCCGCUGUCGACGGAUCUCAAAAUGGGGAUCGACUUCUUAGGGCGCAGUAUGGCACAACCAAGUACUGUUCGUCUUUCCUUCGCAACGAGCAAUGCAAUAACCGCAACUGUACAUUUUUGCAUGAAACCGGAGAAGACAGUGAGAGCUACAGCAGACAAGAUUUGUCCUCCAUGAACACUGCUCAGAGGCAUGGUUAUCACACUGGAGCGGCAGUAGGAAGUCGGCCUUUCGCUCAGAAUCUACAGUCUCACCAAAUGCGACGUCAAACUAGUAAAGAUGACGUCUCCAAGCAAAUACUAGACGGCCCUGCCCUCCCCUCCUCUGCAAGUUGGGCGAACAAAGAUACCCCCAUCAACCGUGCUAGACGUGUUAGUGCCAGUGGCAGCAGGUCUUCACCGAGUCCUAUACCCACAAACGUCACAAUUCUUGCGAAGAGUGAAGAAUCGAAGAAACAGACUGGUUCUGGCUUCGAUUCCCGACGAUCUACCCCUGCACCACAAACACAACCUGCGGCCCAGCCAACGCAGUCGCAAGCGCAAGAACCACCAUCUAAAGAUGUGGUCCUCGACUCUCUUCUAAAGGCCGUGAACUCUCCCGAUUUCCGCUUUGUUUUCUCCACCGAGGGCUUGUCCAGUGAAGAUAUCAAAUACAUUGAGAACGGGCCUUCAUUCAUUGACCCAUAUGGCGGAGUGAAGCGUAGGGCAAUGCGCGAGAAAGCAGAACAAGAGCGUGCAAAACAAGAGGUCGAGGCCCAGUCGCUAUUACAAUCGACUGUGCCCGAUGAAGAAGCUAGAGAGAGCGGUAGCUUGCAGUUGGGAGGUGAGCCCGAUGACGCACAUCCUCCAAGAGGCACUGGUACACACAGCCGAGAAAACCAUGGCGCUAUUCAACCUCCCUCUCAGCAAGGUACUGCCGAUAACUCAACUGUGGGAUCCCCUUUGUCACUGAGCCAACAGUUCCACAACUUAAACAUGAAUACGAGGAGCUUGACUCCACUCCAGCAACAGCAACUCAUGUUACUCAAAUCUUCAAAUGAUCAACAAGUCGGUGUAAUUGACCAUCUUGGGUCUGCCUUUGACCAGGGGCCUCAGAGCCGCCAAGGCCUUUUCCAAGGCACAAUGCCUCAGGGCGGGAACGUAUCAACUUCAAGGACCCUUGGCCAGCAAGCACCGCUUACACCUAACCCGCUUGGUACACCUGCUCCUCAACAGAAUGUGUCGAACCAAUUCUAUACAAGCAGUGUGCAGGGUCCGCCUCCCGGUCUAAAGACCGCUGGCACACCACCAAUCAGCGGGGGUGGGAUGUUUGCUCAAGGUCACGGCUUCACCUCUAACACAAGUCUCGGCCUAGGCACCAAUGUCGGCAAGCAGGAGGCAAGCCCCGAUUUGAUGCGCGAGUUGCUGCGAGGUCGCAGUGGAACUGGUGGAACAGGUGGUGUACAGGGUCACGAAGCUGCUAAGCCCGGCAUUUUUGCCGACUCAGGGCCACAGAAGCAGAAGAAGAAGGGGAAGAAGCACAGACACGCUAACACUUCCUCCGGUGGAGGCGGUGUAGUUGAUCUUGCGGACCCGAGCAUACUGCAGGCGAGAAUGCACCAGGCUGGUGUUGGUACGACUGGGCAAGUGCUGUACGGAAGUCAGGGGCAAGUUGACGAUGAUGAAUUUCCACCUCUUAGUGCUAGCACAAAGGAGAAGACGGAAUUUCCGUUUCGUCCCUUCUUGCCUAGAGACCCGCCAGAUCUCUCUACUCGUUCUGGGACGCCGACUUUACCACCUGGAUUACCACUCCCCCAAGGCCAUCCAGCUGCCGCUCUUUUUCUGGGCGAGUCAACCCCACAGAGCCCGGCAUCGUCAAUUAACCUUCCAACACAUCCUCCAGGGCUGCCAAGUUCGCGCCACGGCACCCCAUUUCAAAAAUCUUUGGAUAGUAUAUCUAGGCGCCAAACCCCAAUGGUGCGAGAUGCAUCUGAUGAGAAUUCAUCAGAAAAGACUCGAAACUUUGGUGAUAUCUCGUUCGGCUCUCCAAAAGAAAGGUCAUCCAAGAAGACCAGUGUCAUAACCAACGAAGACAGAACUGCAGUUGAUACUGAUGAGGUUUCACAUAAUGACUCAGUCAAAGAAAUGCAAAAACGAACGAAACCCGUCAAGCUAGAUUUGUCCAUACCCUCCACGGAGUCAAUUCCUCCAUCACCUGUCAAAGAUAUGGUUUCUUCUAUCGUUGGUGCUCCGGGCGUACUCUCUCAUUCAGCCGCUGGAGGUUCGCGCCCUGGCACGCCUAUGACAGGGCUUUCUCGGAACUCAGACUCCUCUGGAAGUCGUCAGCCACGGGUACUUCGAGUUGUGGAUACUCCCAAGACAGAGACGCCACCACCUGUGUCUGCUUCUCAAGUUGCUCCAACCCUGCCUUCAAUGGCUCAAACAAGAGUUCUUUCAAGGCAACCGAGCUUGUCAUCAUCUGGGAGACCUACAACCCCUGCCGAUUUUGGAUCUGAUUAUGAGCAAACGACCUCAGCCUCGGUUUCUCGCGCAGACUCUCCUCCUCCUAGAAUCGGUACUGCACCUGUUCGUGCUAUGACUAAAAAUCAAGCAAAGAAGGAACGCAGACUCAAAGCUAAACAGGCCGAGGAGGCGCUUAAGGAAGAGACCGCUACCACAACGACUGAAGAAACUGUGCAAGCACCUAUUAUUGGCCGCAAACGCAAGACGAAGAAGACACCUACUACUUCCUCCGAACAAUCCAUACCUGCCACAACCGUGGAUCCUCCUAAGAACGAUAUUCAGGGCAUAGAGGUUUCUGCUGUCCAUGUGGACGAUGUUAAAUCGCACGUGGACCGCGAGAAUACCAAAAACAAGGAAGAAGACACGCCUAGAAGCGGGAGACAAGCCCCAAUUACAACUAAUAUCCAUAAACCCGUACCUGAACAUUGGCGGGCUAAAAAUACGAUCUCGCAAUUAUUCGAGGAUGUUGAGGCGAGUGGCGUCUCUCUGAAGGAUCUAUACCAGGAGCGAAGCCUGCCAUUGCAUCUUUUGCUCGCACAACUUCAUGAAGACGGCGUAAUUGACCUCAACACACACCCUCUUUUCAACCCACCACCUCUCAACCAGCGUACAGAUAUGAAGUGUACAGCCGAAGAUUACUUCCGUUUGCAAGAGUCGGUUGAACUUGCGAAGGAGGACUUAUUUAAAGCAGUUAAGGAGGUCAAGCCAAUACGAAUCAACAAUGGCUUCAAGGAUUUGAAAGAUCGCUGCAUAAUAACUCCUAAUGGUCGGGUACUGCGUCAUCUCUCUGCCGAAGAAGAAGAUCGCGUGUUGGAGUUGGAGCGUCGUGUAGAUAUAUUCACUUGCCGUGAGGAACCGCCUCUUUAUUUGGGGGAGCGGGAUCGUUGGGACGCAAGCUGCGGCCUAAACAUUCUCUGUGAACAUCCGGAAAAAUUCAAGGUUCGCUGGUUGAAUGAAACACCAAGCCUUCCUACACCCCCACCUGUGGUUACCAACGAGGACCGCCCACCAGCAGAGUCGGGCAGUGGACGUCAACCUAUCACUAUUAAACCAGCUGCUGAAUUAGAAACAAGCCGUCCUCGCAACACACACAAGGCGGAUGCUGCCAAUGUCUCAACACACGAUUCUGAGACCGAAUCCGUGGUCAGACCUGCUACGAUCGACCCUGAUAAGCAGGCACUGGAAACCGGGAGAGUGGCAUUCGGAGAGAUUGGGGAAAUUGACAACAUCCCUGCCCUCAACACUACGGAGCUUCGCGAAUAUAUCACACAAUCACAGAAGGAGUACGAGCUCUCUCGCAAGGAUUUUGAAGCCAUUGAUAAGAAGUUUAACGCUCUUAUUAAACGCAACAAAAAGCUUGUUCAGCAAGCCUUGGGAGCUGCGAUUGAGGUUGGGAAAUAA